UCCACCAGACCAGACCGAACGAAGGUGAAGCAGCAACGCAUUGGACAAACAAGGCAGCCGACUCUCUGUAUAUCUAAUUAUUAAACCAGGACCACAGAAAGAACAACAACUGGGACAGGAAGGAACCACAAUACAGCAAGCACGAAAAAAAAAAAAAACACAGCAGCGUGUGCUUCCUUAUUGCGUGGACCGCCGACUACAGAAGAACGCUUCUCUUAAAUAUACAUAUACAUGGUAGAUAGCAGGUGCUGCAUUGGCCGCUUCCUUUGAUUAUUAUUAUUAUUAUUAUUCGUGUCGGGGUGCCUCUCAGUGGAAUCCUAGGAUGAAGCGGCUCUUCUGUGUGGAGUGGCUGUCCCAGAGCAGCGACCGCCCCCCCUGCCCGGCUCUCCCUGCCCCCCAGGAGGGGCCGCUGCCGGGGACCCCCCAGGAGAGCCUCCCCGGCUUCUACGCGAAGGUGGGCGCAGGUUUAGGGGUGCAGCAGCAGCCGCAGAGCCGAGCUGACUCGGACAGCCCGCUGCAGUCACACGGAUUCCCGGCGCGUCAGAGGAACCGACUCAGCACCGCAGCCGUGAGCGACGCCGCCUCGGUCAGCAGCGCGGACGAGACUUCAGGGUACGAGAGCGAGGGCUGCCGGUCGGUGUCCCCGGUCUACCCACUGUCUCCGCCCAGGCAGGACAGACCCGGCGUGGACCCGCACUCUGAGCCGCCGGGCCGGCGCCCCCGCACCGCCUUCACCGCGGAGCAGAUUAACCGGCUGGAGAGGACCUUCAAGAAGCAGAGCUACGUGGGGACGCGAGAGAAAGAGGAGCUGUGCAAGAAACUGAACCUGUCCGAGAAACAGAUCAAAAACUGGUUCCAGAACCGCCGCAUGAAGCUGAAGAGGACCCUGCAGGACGCCCUGGCCCAGGCCUGCCACGCCAAGGUGGCUUCCCAGCUCCUGCACUACCCCGAGCUCCAGACUUACGGUCCGGGCCCCUUCGCUGGAUAUUACCCGGCGCAGGACGGCACGGCCGCGUACCUGUCAGCGAUGCAGUACCAGGCUGCCUCUGCGCCGCUUCUGACCGCGCUCCCGGCCCUGCCCAUGGAGGCGGCCGUGUACCCUUACGGCGUGCCACCAGGAGUGGUCAUACCGGCAAACAGCGCCGGUCCCGGUAACGGCAGUAUGAUGCGGAGAUAUCACCCGUACGCACCCUAUUACUGACAGGACCGCGGCACUGAUCGCUAUGAGAGACCCGAGAGCCGAUAAGCAGCUGUUGUCGACUCCUCUGUUGCUGGCGGCGAUUUUGAGAGACACUUUCAAAUAUUAUCGCAAAUCCAACUCCAGUUGGAUUGCAGUUUGAUCCAUUCCUGGUUUUAUUAAAAGCCUUAUUCAAAGUGGCGGUCUUUGCCCGGAUCUGUGCAGAGGGGUGGUAAACGGGUACAGCACAGCAUCGGUAUAUAUUGUGGAAUGGUUUACAGUUCAGGGCAUUGGGUGCAAUAUUGGGUUCUUCUCUUGUUAUAAUUAUUAUGAUUGUUUUUUUUAUAUUCUAUUUAAUAUACAAAGUGUACAUAAUGUGUAUGUGUGUGUUUUUUUUCUAAAGAAAAAUUCGGAAAUGCAUUCCAACUUCUACAGUGUAUUAUAUAAAAAAAUAAAAUCAUUGUUGAAAUGAUAUGUAUCUGAUGCAAAAAAAACCAAAACUGAAUAUUUGACGAUUUUUUUUUUGUUUUUUAAAUAAAUCUUUUUCUGUUUUGAGUUA